GGAGCGGCGCGAUGGCGGCGGCGGGGCGGUGGCGCUGAGGAUGAUAUCGCGAUACGCGCGGAAACCGGUGCAGCCACGAGGACUCCCCAAACAUGCCCUGAGGCAUCACCCACCGCCAGAGGCACGGGCUCAGGUGCGCUCAGCCACACCCACGGCUGAAAACCGAGCCCAGACCUCCAGGGAGUCGGGAAUCCGUAAGGGGUCGGAUGAUCAUGGGGAUGCAUGGACUGCGAGUCAGGGUUGUGCUGACACCUCCACAGAGGACAGCUCAGUCUUCUCUUGGGGCUAUGAUGAAUUUGACAAAGCUGCCACACAACAAGUUCAGCAGAUGUUCAGACAGAUUGAUGAGCUUCUGUAUGAGCAGAAAGAGGGCGUUCAUGUUGAGGGACUGCGGGAAGAAUGCCACCAGUGGUCCUCCAGCUUUCCUCACCUCAGGGUGGUGGGGAAGCAGGUGGUGGCCCCCACAGAUGAAGGGUAUGGAUGGUACUCGAGCUCCCCCUCGGGCAGUUCGGCUCCCUCGGAUGUAAGUUCACCACAGGAAAAGGAUUCUGACGAAUUGAGUGUUUUGGGCAAGAAGGUGCCUCUUUUUGUUGCUCCUGCUCACAAAAAGGCUGACCCUUCCAAGCUUCCCACCUUGUGUUCCUCAGAGAGGGGUGAAGGGGAGGAGGAAGUCAUUCUCUCCGAAGGCAUAGUGGAGGAAUACUUGGCAUUUGACCACAGAGAUGUGGAGGAGGAGUUGCACGAGAGGAAGAUGGGACUGUCCUCUGGCAGACGGAAAUUGGGGUUUCCUCCUGUGUCUCCCUAUUCCUGCAUGAAGGAUUCCGUGCUCACCUUUGUGUUUGAUGAUGUGUGGAGUGAAGUCCUGGUCUGCAUGGAAGAAUUGAUCUGCAGGCACUGGGAAGGCUCAGCCUCUGAUGAUGAGAAAAAUAUCAUAGCAGUGGAAACGCUCCGAGCAGAUGCCAGAAGCCCUUUGCAGCUGGAUCCUCUGCCAGCACUGUUACCUCGGGUGCCACACACAAAGAUGCCCUCGGUGGCAUCAAAUCUGUGCCCAAAACCCAGAGGUGGCCGCAAAAGCAAAAAGAGGAGAAAAACACCUCAAGUAAGUCUCUCUCAAGGGUCUAGUAGUAGUUCUCAGCGUAACCUGAAUGGCUUGAUGGUGAUCCAUGGGAUCCAGUUACACCAAAGGAACCUGCCUGUAGUGGAGAAAACACUGGACCUGGAUGACAACCGGCCAGGUUCGAGCUCCCUCCUCUCUACCCGGGCAUGGCCAAACCGUCCCCUGGAGCUCAGCACCUCGUCCCUGUCCCGCUGCACCAGGAGGAGGAACCCUCCCCCACGGACCCUGCAUCCCAUCGGGACCCCGCGCUCCGGGGACGACGUCUGCAGGCGCCUCCUGACUGCACAGGAGCAGCUGACCUCACCCUCCCCACUGCUGCUGAACAGGAAUCACCCCCUGCCACCCAUUGCCACCACCACAGAGCGUGGGAGCGCCACAGGACCCCACAGGCAAACGAAACCUCGCGGGAACUCGAGCCGUGCUUACAGUGUCACGACACAAGAAGACACUCACCAGCAGCUCCAGGAGCAGCUGUUCUUACCUGAUCCCUUCUCUAGGCCUAGCACAACCAGCACAUCCUCGCCCCAUUCCCAGCGCCGCCGUUCUUGCACUGUUAUUGAUUACAGUAAUCAAUCCUGGACAAGGAGAGGAUCCACAAGUUCAGGUCUUCCAUCACAUGGUUCUGUGAAAGCCCACGGCCGAAGUGGAUCAGGCACAAAGAGCAAACAGAGGCACUGAUGUGCCAUGGAGGAGCAUCCACCCAUCCAUCCCUCUCCAGAGAGUCAUGAACCACCUCUCUUUCCCAGCAAGGUCAACAUUGUUUACACAGAGUUUUCAAACACCCUUCCUUACAGAUAGUUAUUUUUAUAUAAAUCUAAGCAGCAGCUGCCAAAGAUUAGAAGGGAUGCACUUAAACAUUCCAGUAGAGAAAGUGAUGCUCCAGUGGAAGGGUGAAUACAUUCCAGUGAAGCCCAACUCCUAGGAAACCCAGCAAACACUGUCAGUGUGUGCUUGUGCUGUUUUCCAUGAGGCUGGUGACAGGUUCAUGUCCUUACAGGUACUGCAGGACCUGCUCAUUUUUUCCUUAGGAAGCCUUCCACAGCUGUAGUGAUUUACAUUUUUUUAAAAAGUGUAUUUAUAUGAUUCAAUAUGUUUAAAGCAAUAUUGUACUAGCAAAAGCAAGCACUCAGCUUAGGCAAGUGAUGAAUGCUGUGGUAGCUGCAGCAGGAGCUGUGUCUGCCCUGCGUGACAGACCCAGCAGAGGCAUUUGCUGGAGUUGGCCUUGUGGCUCCAGAUAAGACAAAUGAAACCAUAGAGUACAGGCUUCUCAAAUUAAGUGAUUAGUUGAAGGUCUUACUCCCAAACAGUAAGUGCCAGACUGAAAUGUAAAAACAAACUGAGGUAACCACUGGCUGUAUUUAAACAAAGUUAGGACUCUCCACAAAAAGUUGUUCCUUUCUAGUCCAAUUAAAGAGCACUGUUUUCCUGUAUUUUCUUAUUAUUCUUCAAAUUACAGUUCAAAAUAGAAAAAAAACCUUCUUAUUAUUCGUUAUGACAUGGCUCCCCUAUUUCCCCACUCCAGACCAGCUAAUAAUUUUUCAUCCAUACUGAAGCUCACGAGUCCAGUUGAUCCAAACAUGCUUUAAUCAAAAACAGAGAACUGUGCAAAUAUAACUCGGUUAAUCUGCCUUUGCAUUUCCAGAAGUUAAAAAAAAAAACAAAAAAAGCAGCUCUGAGCUCAAUCUUAAGUUUUCAGAGAGAGAAGCUGAUGCUCACCAGAGACCUCUACUCACUAAACCACUUCAAAAUACAAUUUCUCUUCUGU